AUGAUAAAGGGUGUCAUCAAUCAGAGUGCCAUAUUUGACAAAGUGCUUUGUCUGUUGGGUAUGCCUGCUAAAAAUCCACAAACUGCUAAAGCAGCAACUCCACCAACAUCAGCUAAAGCAACAACUCCACCAACAUCAGCUAAAGCAGCAACUCCACCAACAUCAGCUAAAGCAACAACUCCACCAACAUCAGCUAAAGCAGCAACUCCACCAACAUCAGCUAAAGCAACAACUCCACCAACAUCAGCUAAAGCAAAAACUCCACCAACAUCAGCUAAAGCAACAACUCCACCAACAUCAGCUAAAGCAACAACUCCACCAACAUCAGCUAAAGCAACAACUCCACCAACAUCAGCUAAAGCAGCAACUCCACCAACAUCAGCUAAAGCAGCAACUCCACCAACAUCAGCUAAAGCAGCAACUCCACCAACAUCAGCUAAAGCAACAACUCCACCAACAUCAGCUAAAGCAGCAACUCCACCAACAUCAGCUAAAGCAGCAACUCCACCAACAUCAGCUAAAGCAGCAACUCCACCAACAUCAGCUAAAGCAACAACUCCACCAACAUCAGCUAAAGCAACAACUCCACCAACAUCAGCUAAAGCAACAACUCCACCAACAUCAGCUAAAGCAACAACUCCACCAACAUCAGCUAAAGCAACAACUCCACCAACAUCAGCUAAAGCAACAACUCCACCAACAUCAGCUAAAGCAACAACUCCACCAACAUCAGCUAAAGCAACAACUCCACCAACAUCAGCUAAAGCAACAACUCCACCAACAUCAGCUAAAGCAACAACUCCACCAACAUCAGCUAAAGCAGCAACUCCACCAACAUCAGCUAAAGCAACAACUCCACCAACAUCAGCUAAAGCAGCAACUCCACCAACAUCAGCUAAAGCAGCAACUCCACCAACAUCAGCUAAAGCAACAACUCCACCAACAUCAGCUAAAGCAACAACUCCACCAACAUCAGCUAAAGCAGCAACUCCACCAACAUCAGCUAAAGCAGCAACUCCACCAACAUCAGCUAAAGCAACAACUCCACCAACAUCAGCUAAAGCAGCAACUCCACCAACAUCAGCUAAAGCAGCAACUCCACCAACAUCAGCUAAAGCAACAACUCCACCAACAUCAGCUAAAGCAGCAACUCCACCAACAUCAGCUAAAGCAACAACUCCACCAACAUCAGCUAAAGCAACAACUCCACCAACAUCAGCUAAAGCAACAACUCCACCAACAUCAGCUAAAGCAACAACUCCACCAACAUCAGCUAAAGCAACAACUCCACCAACAUCAGCUAAAGCAACAACUCCACCAACAUCAGCUAAAGCAACAACUCCACCAACAUCAGCUAAAGCAACAACUCCACCAACAUCAGCUAAAGCAGCAACUCCACCAACAUCAGCUAAAGCAACAACUCCACCAACAUCAGCUAAAGCAACAACUCCACCAACAUCAGCUAAAGCAACAACUCCACCAACAUCAGCUAAAGCAACAACUCCACCAACAUCAGCUAAAGCAACAACUCCACCAACAUCAGCUAAAGCAACAACUCCACCAACAUCAGCUAAAGCAACAACUCCACCAACAUCAGCUAAAGCAGCAACUCCACCAACAUCAGCUAAAGCAGCAACUCCACCAACAUCAGCUAAAGCAGCAACUCCACCAACAUCAGCUAAAGCAACAACUCCACCAACAUCAGCUAAAGCAACAACUCCACCAACAUCAGCUAAAGCAGCAACUCCACCAACAUCAGCUAAAGCAACAACUCCACCAACAUCAGCUAAAGCAACAACUCCACCAACAUCAGCUAAAGCAACAACUCCACCAACAUCAGCUAAAGCAACAACUCCACCAACAUCAGCUAAAGCAACAACUCCACCAACAUCAGCUAAAGCAACAACUCUACCAAUUACACCACCAACAGCUCUACAAGCAACAACACCAUCACAACCCCCCCUUAAAAAAAAAUCAUAAAACUGUUUCAAUUGUUUUGUAUUUCCUAUUUUGUUCUGUAAUUUUGUUGUUUUGAUGAUAGAGAUGCUAAUGGAGCU